AUGCUGCUGCUGCUGCUGCUGCUGCUCCUCCUCCUCCUCCUGCCAUUGCCAGCACUGUCGCUGUGCUGUGCUGUGCUGCUACCAAUGCAAAUGUACAUUGGUACGUGUACAUCGUCGAUCCGCCAUACUCGUACCCCACACCGCAGUCUGUGCAGGCCAUCGGUUGCCCGGGUGUCAAUGCAAAUGCCCAGUCAAACCGGUUUCGUGUGCCGCCGAUGGGGGAUUAACUUUGCGAUGAGCCCAGAGCCCGCCCUCUCCGCACUGCCAAUCGUCUCGACGCUGGCACGAUCGUCUCGACCUAUCGUGCGCCUCGCCAUCGCCGCCUACAUGUGUACCGCGUGCAAGGUCGCACCCGGCCUCGACCUAUAA